CUUUUUUUUAUAAUUUUAAAGUGUAAAUAAUACAGCAGCAUUAUCCUCAUUUUUUAUUAUAUGGAAACAGCAAAUACAGUGAGAAACGCGGUGGCGCGUCACCGGUGCAAGCGGUGCAGCAGAAAUGUUCAGUUCGCCGACUCCACAUGGAGGGAUACAUUGGGCGAUGCCCCCUCGUUCGACAAGCUCAUACAUACCCUACCAGAGGAGCGCAGCAGAGAGCUAAGCACCCUGAUUGCCGCGCAAACCCAGAACAGCAACAUGACCGAGCUGUCUAGAUUUUUUAGCCAGUCGCUGCGCACAGACACUGUUCCCAGGCUGUCCAACGGCACAAUAGCCCGCGCGCUCCCGGGCUCGACACCAGCCACUCCGCUCAUGCAGGGGUCGAUGGCGCUAGUUCUGGAAGCCGGAAAGAAUGAAGGGACAAAGAUUACUGCAGGCUCGCCUGUGUCAGACACAGAUGGUAUGGGCGAGUUGGCAGCCGGUAGUGGAAGCAGCCAGGGCGACUCAUUUAUUAUUUUGAGCAGCUCACAGGUUAGGUCGCAGAAGCAUCUGGCCAACUUUGCCUUUGAGCGGAGGGCGGCAAUGCAGCAGUCAGUUGGUUUGGCAGAUAGCGAGUUUAGCAAAGCAGCGGGAGUGGCUGGUGCGCCGCCGGUGGCUGGGCAGGGCGACGAUAUUACAGAGACGUUUGAGAUCAUCGGACGUUUGAUGGACCAGCUGGAUGAGCGGUCGGCCCUGGGCCACCCAAUGUGCGAGGAUUGUGCAGAAAUUAUGCUUCGACUGCUCGACCGCGAGGUCAGUGACAGCGCGCGUGAGAGGGAUAUCCUUGAGGACAUUGGGCGUGCCGCUAAGCUGGCAGCCAAAAGUCACAACACUAGGGAUUUGGGAGAGCUGGAGAAGGAGCUCGAGAGGCAGGGCGACUUGGAGCGGGCGUUGGAGGAGACCUUGGGCACAUUGGACGCCCAGCUGGAGGGCAUAUGCGCACAGAUAUCAAACCUGGACGCAGAUUCUGACAGGCUGGCCAAGAUGGAGGCGCAGUUUUACCAGGAGCUCAACGACCGCUCGCAUGUUCUGGAAACGUGCGAGGCCGAGCAAUGGGCGCUGGACGAGCGGUACGCCAGACUAGCAUCCCAGCUGAGCCAACUACAACGAACAAACGUGUACAAUGACGUGUUUAACAUUUUGGUCAGCGAGGGUGUUGCAGGAAUCAAUGGAUUUAGGCUGGGCGGCCGGUCAUCGCAUAACGUGGAGUGGCCUGAAAUCAACGCUGCAUGGGGUCAGGCUUUGCUUCUGCUCCAGACGGUUGCGCGAAAACUGGGAUAUGAGUUUAUAGACUACAGGCUAAUCCCCAUGGGCUCGUUCUCGCGCAUUGAGAGGAUGGCCGACCCGCCGGCUACCUACGAGCUGUUUGGUUCGGGUGACAUGUAUCUGGGCCGCUUGUUUCAAAACAGAAAGUUUGACUCAGCCAUGGUCGCUUAUUUGGCGUGUCUUAACCAGAUUGUCCAGCUCAUCAUGAGCAUCAACCCGCAAUUGCGUGUGCCGUACAAGAUUGAGCAAGACAAGGUCGGUGGGCUGUCGAUAAGGCCUCAGUUCGGUCAGGACGAUAUGUGGACCAAGGCGUGCAAGAACACGCUGUUGGACGCUCGUUGGGCGCUGGCAUUUGCCUCGUCUUACUCUGGGAAUAGCAACUAGCUGAAAUGAUAUUUUUUAAUUAAUCGCAUACAUGAAAUCUAUAAAGAAUC